GCGUUGGCGGCCGGGUGCGAGGGGCACUUCCCUCUGUAAAGCCAAUCAAUGAACUCGCACUUGCCCAUACAGAUACUGCUUCUGCUUGUGACGUCACUUUGCGAGAGUCGACCAUCGCCUCGAGAUUGUGGACGUAAGUUUCACUUUGAUUUUGAACGUCACGAGGGACAUCCUCCCGGCGGCAUCUGGCAGGGUUUGGAGGGGAGGGUCACCUUCAGAGGGGGUAAGGCGUGGCUUGACGGUCACGGGUCUCUCAUUUAUCCUUUCUUUUCACACAACGAUCUGAGAACAGGCUUUGCUUUCUCCUUCAAAAUAAAACCUGCCAAAAUAGCACCUGGUGGUCGAGUAGCCAUUAUCACCAACGGCGUGGACCCUGGAUCGUCGACCUUGACUGUAUUUCAUAACGGCACGUGUCUCGGGGUGAAGGUCGUUGAGAUAGCUGAAACAUGGAAUCUGGCGAAAGGAAUCGACUUCAGCAGGAAUGUGGAACUUAGUGUGGAGUAUACAAAACAUAAACAGAGACUUAAACGUUCCUCGGAUACGGGAACAACGGCAGACGUCUACGUCGACCCAAACCAGUCAGACGAUGAUAUGAACAACGUGGCGAUCAAGAACGACACCACAGGAUCGCUGGAGACCAUAGAAAAACUUUUAAGUUUCUCUUCCGGUGAAGUUCCAGGUAACCAUGGCGACGCUGCCGGAGUUCCAGAUGACGGACCACGGGAUGAUAACGGAGCGUCAACAACAAAUUUGAACUAUGACAUCAUUGCAGUUCGAAAACUGUUCAAAGAGAACACAACAAACACCCACAGCUCGGCAUAUCAUGUUGACAUUGUGACGGAGACACCGUCCAUCACCACGACCGCGUACAGCGACAUCACAAAUACACAGUCCACCACAACCACGUCUACGGACGACACAGAUACACAGUCCACCACAACCACGUCUACGGACGACACAGAUACACAGUCCACCACUACGUACAGCGACAUCACGGAAGUACCGUCCACGACAACGUAUAGCGACAUCACGGAGACAGCAUCCACGACGACGUAUAGCGACAUUAUAGAAACACCGUCCACCACCACUACGUACAGCGACAUCACGGAUGUACCGUCCACGACAACGUAUAGCGACAUCACGGAGACAGCAUCCACGACGACGUAUAGCGACAAUCCGGAGACAGCAUCCACGACAACCUACAGCGUCGCCACAGACACACCGUCGGCAACAUGUAGCGACAACACGGAGACUAUAGAAGAUAGCGAUACUGACAAUGGGAAUACAAUUUCUGACCUUGUGAUUGAUACGAACCCUUCGACCCUACGAAGUGUCUAUACAACUAGUGGUGUUUCAGACCACACUGCUACACCGUUGACAGAAUCAGACACAACAUAUUCAACGCAUGGCGCCAGAGUUAGAGAGCAGACGACACAAACGCCACAAUCCACGCGUACAGCAUCUACGACAGAUUUUGUUGUAUAUAGACAACCUUCAACAUAUUCCGUCCACAUUUACACUGACGCAGAGCAGACGACGAUUGAUCCCGCCUCAACUCACAUGUCGUCUGGCGUCAGUUUAAGUCAGCAGACGACAACGCUGCCAUCAACAACGUCACGUGUUCCCCCAAAAAGAGUUGUGGUUCCAAAAAGGAACAGGUUUCUGAUUAUCCCUAAUAUAUUCAAGGGUUUGCAGGAAGAAGACCCAGAUGAGAUAGAGGUCCGGCUUGCCCAGGAUAAUGGAGUCUUGCGGCUGCAGGUCGGAGAAAGCGCCAUACAGGAGACCACUGUAGGCGUCACCGAGCAUUUGAAGGCCCCACGGUCAGCUCUGAGGGUCGGCGCCGGGGACGGACUCCUGUCAUACAAGGGCAGCUUUGAUGAGUUUUCCAUGUACGACUGUGCGCCUGAAAAAUUCUUUAAAGAUGAAAACUGAGGAUGAAGAAACAUCAUUUUUGCAUCUUGUGUCACCAUGUGGCGCCUUUGCGCAAGGUUAACCGACCUUUAAUAUCGGUCUUCUGGGCAAGAACGUCUCAGACUUGGCCUACUCGCUUUCGGGCGUCAUCGUUGUGUGUAGUGUUUUAUUCCACAAAUGACUAAUUACGAUAUUUCUGGUAUGACUGACACCUGUCAGCCUUCAGAGUCCAGCGUGUUAAUUUUAAGACUUUAUUACCUCGUUAACUUCCACUGUCAAUCUUCGAAACUGUUUAACAACUGGUCUAAGUCAUGCAUGGGAGUUAUGUAAAUAUAGAUGUAUUUGCAUUUUAGGAGAGACGUGGCAAACGGUUUAAACAAUUACACAUAUAGUUUCUAUUUUUUAAUGGAGAUUUAUUUUAAAUAGACAUGUUUUUUCCUAGUCAUAACUUGCACCUGCCGUAGUGCUCAUUUUGAUGUGUAGUCUUGUCAUCUGUGUUAUUUAUUAGUAAACUCAGUGAGGUUUGUGUCGGGUUUCUGCAGGUCAGAAUUGUUUACUUGAGUGUAUAUGUGUCAGAUAUCGGUGAC